AAAGAAAUGGAGAACAGAUUAGUGCAACUUUCGCUGAAAUGCUCCUAAUAAAAGGAAGAGAACCCCUAACAGGCUAACCAAGCUUACCCAAACAAAUCCCCCCCCUUGAGCGACGAAACUCGGACAAUACACUCCGAGUGAUGCUGCGUCUUCAUUCACAUAAUCAACACCUCCAUCUCCUCCUCCACAAGCUCACUGCCUUUCCCAUGCCCUCCAAACGCUUCCUCGCUUCCUACUCUCCCUUUCUCCCUCUGCUGCCUCCUAAAAACUUCCACACACCCUCUAAACGCUUCCUUCCCCCUCUUUCCCCAAAACCCAUCCCCCAAACCCUUUCUUUCUCCCUUAGAACUAAUGGGUUUUAUUCUCAUCCUUCUCCCUCUCCAGCUCAUUCUCAAGACUUGGAUAACCAUCCCUCGGAUAAGCGUUACUUGCAGAUUUUGGAGCAUAAGCUCAAGCAGCUUGGCAUCAAUAUAACUAAGUGUGUUGAUGGGCAUGAAAACCGCUUAAUAUGUCCCUCGUGCAAUGGCGGUGACUCAAAGGAGAUUAGCUUAUCCCUUUUCAUCUCCCAAAAUGGGUAUUCAGCUUCCUGGAUGUGUUUUCGAGCAAAAUGUGGGUGGAAAGGCCACACGAAAGCCUUUGCAGAUGGCAAAUCAACAUUUGAAAGUUCCCGUCGAGUUAACAAAGCUAAGGUUGAAAGGGAUAUCACAGUGGAGAGUUUGCAAUUAGAACCACUCUGUAAUCAGCUCAUUGCAUAUUUUGCAGAGCGAAUGAUAUCUGCAGAAACGCUAAAGAGAAAUGGCAUAAUGCAAAAAAUGACGGGUGAUGAGAUUGCUAUUGCAUUCCCUUAUUGGCGUAAAGGGAACCUUGUAAAUUGCAAGUAUCGGGAUAUAGUCAAGAGGUUUUGGCAGGAAAAGGAUGCCGAAAAGAUACUUUAUGGGCUGGAUGAUAUAGAGAAUACAAGCGAUAUCAUUAUUGUUGAAGGUGAAAUGGACAAGCUUGCAAUGGAGGAAGCUGGCUUCCGUAAUUGUGUCAGUGUCCCUGAUGGGGCACCACCAUCAGUUUCUGAAAAGGAGGUUCCAGCUGAGGAGCAGGACACAAAGUAUCGAUAUCUGUGGAACUGCAAAGAGUACCUAAAAGAGGCAUCAUGCAUCAUACUUGCCACUGAUGGGGAUCCACCUGGUCAAGCCUUAGCUGAAGAGCUUGCACGUCGGCUUGGAAGAGAAAGAUGCUGGAGAGUUAAAUGGCCAAAGAAAAAUGACGCGGAUCAUUUUAAAGAUGCAAAUGAGGUACUAAUGUAUUUGGGACCCAGUGCUCUUAAGGAAGUAAUUGAUAAUGCCGAAUUAUAUCCCAUACGUGGACUAUUCAACUUUAGAGAUUUCUUUGAUGAAAUUGACCACUAUUAUCAUCGGACUCUUGGAUAUGAAUUUGGUGUCUCAACGGGUUGGAGGGCGCUGGACAGCCUAUAUAACGUUGUUCCAGGAGAGCUGACAAUAGUAACCGGUGUUCCCAACUCUGGGAAGAGUGAAUGGAUUGAUUCUCUCUUAUGUAAUCUUAGUGGAAAUGUUGGUUGGAAAUUUGCUCUUUGCUCCAUGGAGAACAAGGUUCGGGAUCAUGGAAGGAAACUAAUAGAGAAAUAUGUAAAGAAACCGUUCUUCGAUACAGGCUAUGGGAGCAAUGCCGAUAGAAUGAGUGUUCAGGAACUAGAAGAAGGGAAGAAAUGGUUGAAUGACACAUUUUAUCUCAUAAGGUGCGAUAAUGAUGCUCUUCCGAAUAUAGAGUGGGUUCUUAAUCUUGCAAGGGCAGCAGUACUAAGGCAUGGUAUUCGGGGGCUUGUAAUUGAUCCUUACAAUGAACUUGAUCAUCAGCGCCACGCUAAUCAGACUGAAACAGAGUAUGUAAGCCAGAUGCUUACGAAGAUCAAACGAUUUGCUCAGCAUCACUCUUGUCAUGUCUGGUUUGUUGCACAUCCAAGACAGUUGCACCGAUGGACUGGGGCUCCUCCAAAUCUCUACGACAUCAGUGGAAGUGCACACUUUGUAAACAAAUGUGACAAUGGGAUUGUUAUUCAUCGGAAUCGGGACCCCGAGGUUGGACCUGUUGAUCUAGUACAAGUCUGUGCGAUGAAGGUACGAAACAAGGUUGUAGGAAAUAUAUGUGAUGCGUUCUUGUCUUAUGAUAGGGUGACGGGCAUAUAUAACGACUUUGACGAACGAAAAAUGAAGUGAAAGGCCAUGGUGUCGUUCAAUUGGUAGCUGAAGUUUUGUACAGUAUGACUAUUGAUUAUGCAUCGGGAGCCUUUCCUGAUGUAGCGGGUACAGUUAAAAUGAUGCUUCCAAAGAGCCCAAGGCUUAUCAUAUAUUGCAAUGGUGGUGUUGAAUUUUAUUUUUUAUUUAUCAAUAGCAUAUGAAAUACUGGGGAUAAUGUUUUCUUUUUUAUCAAUAGAAUUCAGGAAUUUGUCA